AUGGCUGAAAUCACGAAAGAUACUACUACAACUACUACCACUACUAGGGAGACUGGCAGAGACCAUGGUGAUGCGAGACAACCAUUUAUUCCAGGAAAGAGGGAGAUCAUAGCAGAGAUACGGGGAGUGAAUGAGCAGCUCAGGAGAAUCGAGGAGGAGAUGAAGAGGAGUUCAGGGAGGAUACACGAGAUCAUAAAGAAGGAGAAGGAAAACAGUUGA